AUGUCUGGCCACACGCAAUCCCAAUCUGAGGGCCACCUCAGGCCCCGUCUCUCAAAACUGACAAUGGUAGCAAUGACAUUUGCCAUUCUCAAUACCUGGAUUUGUCUAGCAGGAAGUCUGUCCAUUGUUCUGCCGUCUGGUGGCUCUGUUGCUUUCUUGUACGGAUUCAUCUUUUGCGUGUUGUGUAACUUUUGUCUUGCUGCUAGUCUGGGUGAAUUGGCUGCGAUUUGGCCGACUGCUGGUGGGCAGUAUCACUUUCAGUGGGCUUUGACUACUGAGAGGUGGAGGAAGGUUAUGAGCUUUGCAGUUGGGUACAUCAAUAUUUGUGGCUGGCUUACCCUUGUGACGACCGAGGGAUUCUUUGCAGCACAAUUUAUCUCUGCAGCCUGCGUUGUAGCUUCAAACGGAAACUACGUUGUCGCAGCAUGGAAGACAUACCUAAUCUUCAUGGCGGUCCUAACCUUCGGUACCCUUUCGAUGACAUUCGGAAAUAGGAUCCUCGGUGCUUGGAACAACCUAGCUCUGUACUGGUCCAUCCUCAGUGUGUUCGUCGCUAGCGUCGUCCUGCUCUCUACAUCCGACAAAACCUCCCCCGAAUUCGUCUUCGCAACCUUCCAAAACGAAACAGGCUGGAACGACGGCAUCGCAUGGAUCCUAGGCCUUCUCCAGUCCGCUCUAUCGCUCAUCGGAUAUGAUGCCGUGCUACACAUGACAGAAGAAAUGCCAACGCCUUCUCGCGACGCUCCAUUGGCAAUGGUAUACGCCGUCGGGGUAGGAGGCACAACAGGAACAAUUUUCGUUCUAGUAAUGCUGUUCUGCCUCACAGACCUUCCCAGCAUCGUCGCCACAACAACCGGAAUGCCCAUCGUCGAACUCAUCUUCCAAUCAACCAACAGUCGCGCCGGCACGACAUUCCUGACCCUAAUGCUAGCGAUCUGUUUCAUCCACGGUACCAACGGAUCCAUUACGAGCGCAAGUCGACUCUUGUACGCCAUGGCGCGUGAUAAAGGCGUCCCUUAUCAUUCAUACUUUAGCCACAUUCAUCCUAGGUGGGAAGUGCCUAUUCGAACGAUUGUUCUUACGUGGGUGUUUAAUGCGAUCUUUGGACUGUUGUAUCUUGGACCUACUGUUGCGUUCAAUGCGUUUAUUUCUUCGUGUACGAUUCUGUUGAAUAUGUCGUACGCUAUUCCCGUUUUGACGCUUCUUGUGAGGGGAAGAGGAAUCUUGACACAGUUUCAGAACUUCCAAGGGAAUGACUCGCCGUGGAAAUUUGGAAGAGUGAGAGGACUUAUCAUCAACUACGUUGCGGUACUCUACGUCUUUAUCACUUCAUUUUUCUUCUGCUUCCCACCAGUGUUACCCGUUACUGCCAGCUUGAUGAAUUACGUCUCAGCAGUCAUUGGCAUCUUCGCCAUCUUCCUGAUAGGAUACUGGCUACUCUAUGGAAAGAAGACCUUCCAAGGCCCCGAACUCGAUAUUAUUCUUGGCGAAAGACCCGAACUUUCGGAAGCGACAGAUGAACUUGCCAUGGAGGAGAAGAAGCUGGAAUCUCCGAAGCAAUAA